AAAAAAAUUUAAAACUUCCGCCGGAGAUAACCUCCGUAGUUUACUUGUUUUAUUCCAGAAUGGUCAACACUGUGCUAAUUCACUCAUUACAAUACCUGACCGACAAUAUGUAUAACAUAAUAGAGUGGAUAUUAUUGCUUACCAUAAGCUCACUACUAUUAUUUAUACCAGCUUAUACUCUGCUAUUAAAUGACAAGUCAACAAUUCUAAAAGCAUGCUCAUCCAUUAGGUCGAUCAACCUUAAACACAAUAAAGCAGCAACCACACAGCAUAAUACUAUUACUAAUAAUUACUAUUCUCAACUUCAGUAUCCCGUUAAUCACCCUAUUCAUCAAAAACUAAUAUUAAAUAAUGACAUAUGCCUAUCACCUGUCAAUGAUCAUUCACUGGUAUCUGGGUUAGUUAAUACGGGCAAUUCAUGCUUUUUGAAUUCAGUAUUACAGUCACUCUCUUCUUUACCAAAGCUUCAGCACUACUUGCACCAAAUUGAUCAGUUAUCAUCACCUCCAUCACCUAUCACAAGAUCACUCUUGACAACCCUACGCUUACUCUCUAAACCUGCUUCUAACACAUCCUUUCGCCCCUUCGAUGUCGUUUCGAUCAUGCCCAACUGUCUACUCAAUAAAGAGCAACAGGAUGCUCAUGAACUCUUUCAGUUUAUUUCAACAGCGUUGGAUAAUGAAAGUCAAUUAAUGCAUCGCCAGCCUGGACUGCUUUCAUUGUUAUCAUCUACCAAUACUAAACUCAUGGAAAGUCCUUUUACUGGUUUAUUGGCCAAUAGAUUAUCUUGUGUGCAGUGUGGUUAUACAGAAGCUAUUCGUCACUGUCCCUUCAACAAUAUACAACUAACACUGCCUAACCAUGAAAAAACAACUCUAGACGAAUGUCUGCAACAACUCACAUCCAUGGAAUACCUAAACGAUGUUAUAUGCCUCAAGUGCACCAUGUUCGAAAACAUUCGCUCUCUGGAUGCUAAACUGGAACAGCACCCUUCAAACCCUGACUUAUUGACCAAGAAACAGGAACUAGAGCUCAAACUCGAACAAGGCUUUAUUGAACCCACCGAAAAAACAGUAUUUUCUAGAGGCUUAUCAAGCAAGCAAGCCAUGUUUGCCAAGCCCCCCAAGAUUCUUUGUCUUCACAUGGCAAGAUCUGCUCUCGAUAUGACAACGGGCGAUAUCUAUAAAAAUACCUGCCGUGUCGAGUUUCCCGACAUGCUUGACCUAAGUCCGUACUGCACAAACGGCAUUCUUAAUACCACCAAUCCUCACUUACCGAUUUCAUCAGUCAAUCAUACGACAGUGCCUGUGCGAUAUCGAUUGAUGAGCGUCAUUGUCCAUUUUGGUUCACACGAUUCGGGACACUAUAUCUCCUUCAAGCGACGACUUGUAGCAGAAAAAUGCCACUGUCUCAGCUGCCGUGACGAUCAAACCUUACUCAAGCAUCACAGCUCAGAUUGGUUUAGAAUAUCAGAUGAACGUGUAGAGGCCUGUACACUGGAGGACGUGCUGCUGGCAAACCCGUAUAUGUUACUAUAUGAAUUGGUAGAAGAUGAUGUGUGUAAUUUGAAUCAAGAAAUCGAAGAAGAGGAAGAAGAGCUUUGGCCCAGUCAACCUGUGGCUCCUCCCUCUUCACCUUUACUUGCUCCGCUUCAAACAUCAUGCGCUCCCCAUAAGUCACUUACAUCUUCAAAACGCAGAUCAGCGCUUUGGACAAAAACACCUGUCAUCAUAUGUUAAUUCAUGGUAAAACUUGUACUCCAUCUUACACCUACGUUUGUACAUAGCCUUUAGGAGGAUCAUAACAAAUAAAUACAAUACUCUAAACCACUGUAUACCAGUUAAUAUAAAAAAAGAAACAUCUCUUUGGUUGACCAUACUACUACUACUAUUACUACUAC